AUGAAACAAUGCGGAAUUCUUCGAUUAGCAAGUGGUAUUCGUGUUGGCUAUGUUUCUGGUAAAUUGGACGAUAUUGAGUCUGACUUGGAAAAGGUAUUCGCAGACCAGCUCCUGGACAUCCUUAUAACCUACCAAUGGCCAACCAGUAUUGCCAAAGAAGAGACAUUGUCUCUCGUGGGAGAUUCUAGAUUGAAUGAUCUGCUUGAAUGGACUCGUCCUCGAUACUGGUUCUGCGUUGGCUCUGAGAGUGGCAAGUUUUUUGAACGAUUACCAUUCAAAUGGGAUAAUGACCGUGUCACAAGAUUCAUCAGUCUAGGGCAACAAGGGACGCAAGAUAAGUGGUACUAUGCUUUCAAUUUGAACCUCGAUCCUCUAAUGGACAAAGAAGGAGUGUCGAAAUUCGGGGAGAAACCGCAAAUAAGGCAACUAGAAGCCCCGGUUGAAACCGAAAGCCGCAAAAGGAAGUUUGAAGGCUCUGAGGUGAGAACAAAGCGAGAGACGAAAAAGGUUGCACCCGAAAACUGUUUUUUCUGUGUCUCCAAUGCUAAGGCUGAGCUACACAUGAUCAUUUCUAUCGCAGACUGUUCUUACAUGACUGUUGCCAAGGGGCCCUUAACAACGAGAGACAGGUUAGGAUUUUCGGGCCAUGGCUUAAUCAUCCCGAUUGGUCACUAUCCGACAUUCAGUAAAUACAGAGAUGCCGAAGAGCCUGAUAAGAAAGUGGAGGAAACCAAAUUAUUCAAGGAGGUCGCUCAGUACCAGAAGUCCGUUGUCUCUAUGUUCAGCUCUUUGGGCGACUACAAGGUGGUAUUCUGGGAAAUAUCUAGAGCAAAUGCCAUUCAUCACCACAUUCAAUUCGUUCCCUUGGAAGCAAAACUAGAGGAACAUUUCGAGACACAGAUGAAAAAACAGAUUGCAUAUAACCAGAAAAUGUAUGGCUCCACCCUAGUAUACACCAAGGACAUGGAAAAUGAGAAGCUUUCCCAUUUAAUAAACAAUGGGGAUUAUAUGCAGAUUCGCAUAGUUGGUCCUGAUUCUGAGACCCGGUAUGUGUUUGAGCUGGUCGAAGAUAACAUUGAUCUCCAGUUCCCGCGCAGAGUUCUAGCAUUUCUGAUGAAAUUAGGCCGCAGAGUUAUAUGGGAUAAAUGCAGAGAGACGCUACUGGAGGAAGCGUCUCAAAAGGACGCUUUUCGGGAAAAGUACCAACCGUUUGAUUUCUCCAAGGAAAAAAAUAAUAUAAAUAAUUGA